ACAUAAUAUGAUGGUCUCCUAACUCACAAUAAUCAAAGAAGAAUAUCAACGAAAAUAUCUCAAAAAGUGUCUUAAUAGUUCGGGAAGGCGAAAUCAAGUUAAUUUAUAAACUUAAGGCGGACUAUAGACACAGACCACAAUGCGAUUAUUUUUUGCUCUGUUGACGAAAAAGGGUAGAGCACCGCAAAAUGUGAACAAGGUGCCAUUCAAAGCUGUCCUACCGAUGAAACUUCGUAAUCAUGUCAGUGGAAAAUCCGAUCGACAGAAACCGGUCCCAUGCCUCCAAGAGUUGACCUUUUUGUUUGCCAAACUAAGGGAGCACGAAUUCAAUGAUCAAGCGUGUGCAAAGGAGACAGAGGCUCUGCGCGCAGCCAACCGAGAAUAUUUGACAACGAGGCGUGAGACGAAAAAAACAAGGAGCGAAGGUAAACUGGUGCCAGGCAAAGAUCUUCAUUACAAGCAGUUGAACAAUUAUUUGAAAUUGUUUCCGAAUCCGGAAUGAUGAAAUAAAGUGGCUUUUUCGUUAGUGUUCUAUCAAA